UUGGCGGCGGCGGCGCGAACGGCGGGCGCCGGAGCAGAGCAAGCAGCCGAGCGAGUGGCGUCCCGGGUCGGGCACACGGAGGGCGGCGGAGGUGAGCGAUGGCGCGAGUUCGGGUCUCCGAGGCCCGCAGGUGCGGCCCGAAGCCAUGGUGAUCAUGUCGGAGUUCAGCGCGGUCCCCACAGGCACCGGCCAGGGCCAGCAGAAGCCCCUCCGGGUGGGCUUUUACGACGUGGAACGAACCCUGGGCAAAGGCAAUUUUGCAGUGGUUAAGCUGGCGCGGCACCGAGUCACCAAAACGCAGGUUGCAAUUAAAAUAAUUGACAAGACACGGUUAGAUUCUAGUAAUCUGGAGAAGAUCUACCGGGAGGUCCAGCUCAUGAAACUCCUGAACCACCCAAAUAUUAUCAAGCUUUACCAGGUUAUGGAGACAAAAGACAUGCUGUACAUUGUCACGGAGUUUGCCAAAAAUGGAGAAAUGUUCGAUUAUCUGACUUCCAACGGGCACUUGAGUGAAAACGAGGCUAGGAAGAAAUUCUGGCAGAUCCUGUCAGCCGUGGAGUACUGCCACAACCAUCACAUCGUCCACCGGGACCUUAAGACAGAGAACCUUCUGCUGGACGGCAACAUGGACAUCAAGCUGGCAGAUUUUGGAUUUGGGAAUUUCUACAAGCCAGGGGAGCCUCUGUCUACUUGGUGUGGGAGCCCCCCCUAUGCUGCUCCCGAAGUCUUUGAGGGGAAGGAGUAUGAAGGUCCCCAGCUGGACAUCUGGAGCCUCGGCGUGGUGCUGUAUGUCCUGGUCUGUGGCUCCCUCCCUUUUGAUGGACCCAACCUGCCUACGCUGAGACAGCGGGUGCUGGAGGGCCGCUUCCGCAUCCCCUUCUUCAUGUCUCAAGACUGUGAGACACUGAUCAGACGCAUGCUGGUAGUGGACCCCGCCAAGCGCAUCACCAUUGCCCAGAUCCGCCAGCACCGAUGGAUGCAGGCCGACCCCACCCUCCUGCAGCAGGACGACCCUGCCUUCUCCAUGCAGGGCUACACCUCCAACCUGGGCGACUACAACGAGCAGGUGCUGGGCAUCAUGCAGGCCCUGGGCAUCGACCGGCAGAGGACAGUAGAGUCUCUACAGAACAGCAGCUACAACCACUUUGCGGCUAUUUACUACCUCCUGCUCGAGCGCCUCAGGGAGCAUCGAAGCACCCAGCCCUCAUCCCGGGCCACCCCUGCACCUGCCAGACAGCCUCAGCUCCGAAACUCAGACCUCAGCAGUCUGGAGGUUCCUCAAGAAAUUCUCCCAUGUGACCCUUUCCGGCCCUCUCUGCUGUGCCCGCAGCCCCAGGCCUUGGCUCAGUCUGUCCUGCAGGCUGAGAUAGACUGUGAUCUCCACAGUUCGCUUCAGCCCUUAUUCUUCCCCCUGGAUACCAACUGCAGCGGAGUGUUCCGGCACCGAUCCAUCUCCCCCAGCAGCCUGCUGGACACAGCUAUCAGUGAGGAGGCCAGGCAGGGUCCCAGCCUGGAGGAGGAGCAGGAGGUCCAGGAACCCCUGCCUGGCAGCACUGGCCGGAGGCAUACACUGGCUGAAGUUUCCACCCACUUCUCCCCGCUCAACCCUCCUUGCAUAAUUGUCUCCUCCUCUGCCGCUGUGAGUCCCUCGGAAGGAACUAGCUCUGACAGCUGCCUCCCCUUCUCUGCAAGCGAAGGUCCUGCAGGGCUUGGUGGUGGCCUGGCCACCCCAGGGCUUCUGGGCACCAGCUCUCCAGUCAGAUUGGCCUCACCCUUCCUGGGAUCACAGUCAGCCACCCCUGUGCUACAGAGUCAGGCAGGUCUGGGUGCGACUGUCUUACCUCCUGUCAGCUUCCAGGAGGGACGGAGAGCGUCGGAUACGUCUCUCACUCAAGGGCUGAAGGCCUUCCGGCAGCAGCUAAGGAAAAACGCGAGGACCAAGGGGUUCCUGGGACUGAACAAGAUCAAAGGAUUGGCCCGUCAGGUGUGCCAGUCCUCCAUCCGAGGUUCCCGGGGAGGGAUGAGUACCUUCCACACCCCGGCCCCAAGCUCAGGUCUGCAAGGCUGCACGGCCAGCAGUCGCGAGGGCAGGAGCCUGCUCGAAGAGGUGCUGCACCAGCAGAGGCUGCUCCAGUUACAGCACCACUCAGCCGUCUCAUCUGACUACCAGCAGGCCCCCCAACUGUCCCCCGUCCCCUACGUGCUCACUCCCUGUGAUGGCCUUCUCGUGUCUGGAAUCCCACUGCUGCCAACGCCCCUCCUCCAGCCCGGCAUGUCCCCCGUGGCGUCUGCCGCGCAGCUCCUGGAUGCCCACUUGCACAUCAGUGCUGGCCCAGUGGCCCUCCCCACUGGUCCCCUGCCACAGUGCCUCACCAGGCUGUCCCCAAGCUGUGAUCCUGCUGGGCUGCCGCAGGGGGAUUGUGAGAUGGAGGACCUGACCUCUGGCCAGCGGGGGACGUUCGUCCUGGUACAGUGAGGGUGACUCUGCCACACCCCUGCCCCCCCACCCCACGGAUGGACUCUUCCAAGCAAUAAUUUCAGAGUAUGUGAAGAUGGUUUCGGACUCAAAAGCCAAGAACUUUCUAGACGUGAAACAAGCAAUAUGUUUGGUGUACGGGCUUUUUUAGGAGUUUUUUUGUUUUUGUUUUUGUUUUUGUUUUUGUUUUUUUCCUUGCACUGAGUGACCUCAAUGAUAAGUAGGGAUGGAAACUUUCUGAAGAAAAAUAAUAAUUAAGAGUAUGUCGGGGCUGGGGAUUUAGCUCAGUGGUAGAGCGCUUGCCUAGGAAGCACAAGGCCCUGGGUUCGGUCCCCAGCUCCGGAAAAAAAAAAAAAAAAAAAAAAAAAAAAAAAAAAAAAAAAAAAGAAGAGUAUGUCAUGUGGGCGGGCGGAUGGGAGGGAAGGACAAUGAGGGGAGAGAGGCCCUCGCGGCUGAGCUGAAGAAGAGAGGGGCCACGCUGCUCAGGGACCUACACUCCUGUUCACGGUCCGUCACCGUCACGUGACAAGCGCUUGGACGUCCCUGGAGGGGGGCAGCUCGUACCGUGGCUCGCGCCCGUGUGUGUUGGUCGGCAUCGUUUUGGGUUUGGCUUCACAGAGCUCCACCUCCGAAACGCUCCGAAGUUGCUGCUCUCCGUGUGCGUUUCAGAAUAGCCAAGCAUCAGCCUAGGGGAAGACCCCGCCCAAUCCUGGGAUUUUCCCCCGCGUCAUACAGAGGACCGCCUCGCAUCGCCUCUCAGUUUAAGAUUCUGUAGCUGCUCAAGUCAGUUCGCCCGGCUUAUUCAGAGGACUGGAAGCGGGUAAGGACCUGCAGGUGGGCACUCUGUCCCGCGGUCACUUGGACCAGAGCCCCUCCCUCCGCAAGGAAGCCAAGAAGUUCCUUCUUGCCGCGUACCUCGACUGCUGCUAAUUAUCAGAUUUUUUUUUUACGCAUUUCAUUAUCAGGGUCCCGCAAGAACACCUGACUUGGGGAAAUUGUGCAAUACCAAGGGGCUGUGACCAGAGGGACCCAGGUAGCCAGCGGGCAUCUUGGUUCUGACCACCUUGCUCAUGGUCUGGGACCUUUCCUACUUUCUUAGUAAAAGCUCGGCUCCCCCAGGCCUGGGCUUUGUCUGGCUUGCUUUCCAGGAAUAUUAUAAGUCAGUGUUUGUAAAGUUUCUUUUUAAAGCAAACACUACACAUGUAUAUAAAUAGGAGACAGACACUACUUAUUUUUUUUUUUUUCUAUUUUGUAUACACUUCUGUGUUCCUGGCUUAAAAACCUCCCCUGGUCACAUUUAGAAGUCAUGCCCCACGUUUGUGUUUGAAAGGGCCAUGGGCUGCCCACCUCCAGCAUAGGGUAGAGGUGUCAGGGAAGGAGCGGCCCCACCUGACAAGUCUGUCUGGACAGGUAGGCCCAGGCAACAGCUGUGCCAUCCAAACACCUUCGUUCUCUGUCAGCCAUCUGUCUGUCCCCCCUGCCUCCCGGGCGACUUCCACCACCGCGUCUCACCACCGCAGUAUUAACCUGAGGUCUUUAAGGGAGAGGAAAGGAGACACUUGCAAAAGCCAAAGAUUGACCGAGUUACCUGAGGCCAGGAAGAGGCAGCCCUCGAACCUGACGUCACAGCGCAGUCCUCCCUGUUGGCCCCGUGGCCCAGCCUAUACCGCUUACUCUCAAGACGGGCGGAGGACCGUUCUUCUGGGUCAGAACUGGUGCCCUCCAUAGAACAAACCAAAAAGUGUCCCUCCUGCCGACUCACCUGAUGUGUGGAUCAAGGAAGCACCUACUAUCCCGGGCAGCCGGCUUUCCUCUCCCACAGUUCCUGUCCGUAUACCACAGAUCAAAGGCCUGGGCACUGCUGUGUGUCAGAAGUGACAAGCACUUUACUUUCUGGCAGUUUUUGUGUCUUCUAGUCGCUGUUGACCCUCUGGGGGACAGUAACGUCAUGGUUUUUAGGUUUUUUUUUUUUGUUUUUUUUUUGGUUUUUUUUGGCGUGUGUGCUGUGUUUUUGUAGAUCCUCACGGCCCUGUGCUGGGCUGUAAUGGGAUCGCCUAUUUAAAGACACUACCGUGAUCUCAGAUGUAUAUAAUGGGUUUUUUGUUUUGUUUUUGUUUUUUUACUAUGAUGGGAUUGUUUCAUUUCUCAUGUUAAUGUGAGAGACGUAUGCCAAAUGAUUAGUUGAUGUAUUUUUUUUAAUUUAAUAUUUAAAUAAAAUAUUUGGGGGGAAAUCUUGACUUUCCCUUAGUUCA